CUAUUAAAGCGUGCUCUAUCUCCUCUCUUGUGCACAGACAUUCACAACAAUCUUUUUUUCAGUCAUAUCUUGUUCGAUUUCAUUUACCCGCUUCCCUCUUUCAUAAUUUCAGUAAUAGAAAAAUGGGUAAUACUUCCUGCUGUUGUUCAUGCUCUGCUCCCCAACAAGAUUAUCAAGAUCUUAUCAAUGAACUGCUCAAAGUGGAAGAGAUGAGUCACAUUAAUGAAUUGAUUUCUUACAUCGAUCAGCUGUUGAAUGCCAUUGACCAGAGAAGGAUUCACUCAAUUACCCUUCUUUCCAAGACGAAUCGGGUGGCUUCUUCUAUCACUUCUGGUGGUGGUUUACUGGAGAAGAUACUGAAGAUAUCUCACAGACACAUAUGCAAGAGGGACAUUAUGCCGAAUCUCAACCGUGAAACACGAAAAUUGGUAAUUGAUAUAACAAAUCAAGGAGCACAUAUUCAGUGGGUGGGAAUAGCGCUUUCAGUUGUAGGUUUUGUGUUGGAACGAAUCGAGCAAGUUUCUUCCAACAGAGAGGAAUGCAUACAACUCCUAAGAUACAUGUGUAACCUUGCAAAAUACAUGAAGCAGUUGGAUGAUCAUUUGGCUCAAGAGAAGCUGAAUCGAGUCAUCCAAUUCAUUAUUUUUUGCUGCUCCGGUUGUGGCUGAAGAUUUGCAGAGAUUGCAAAGACAACUUGGGCAAGAGUACUCAGAGCUCUCAUUGGAGGCGAUAAUCGCUGUGCUGAAUAGGGUUCCAGUUGUGUUACCUCCCUCCCAAGGAACAUCUCCUCAAGCAGUUGGUAUUGAGGAACCUAGAAAUCAUGUGACAGAACUUCUAGAUAUGAAAAGUAAAUCAGUUAAAGUGGUGGUUAUUUAUGGACAAGGUGGGAUGGGAAAGACUACUUUAGCCACUGCAGUUUUCAGCAAUCUUGAUCUCAAAAACUACAAAUAUUGUAGAAUCGAUAUAGAACAAAAUUGUUCAGAGGCUGACCUUAAGUUGUUGCAACAACAAAUUUUAAGAGACCUUUAUGACCAGAAUAUUGAGUUGAGGAAUUUGAAUGAAGGUCGAGAAAAGUUGUCCAAGGAUUUUAAAGAACACUUCUCUAAACCUAUCUUCAUUUUUGUUGACAAUGCACUCAAGCAAAGUGACUUGGAAAAGCUUCUACCGAUAACUGACCUGGCAUCCCUUCCAGCACAGAGUAGGAUUCUUGUAACCACUAGAAAUCUAAAUGAGACUCGUAUAAUUUUAGAGGAAGGAGUUGAACGUCAUUCUUAUCGGGUAGCUUAUCUUCCACAAGAAGAGGCAAGGAAACUCUUGUGUGAGUUGGCUUUAGGCAAUGCCCAAGCAAGUUUUGACCCAAUUGUAGAUAUUGAAGGCCUCCUCAAAAUAUGCCAGGGAAUUCCAUUGGUACUAAAAUUGGUGGGAGUGAGAUUACGUGAACAUGCUCAAAGUGUGUCGGCUUGUAGAGAUGUAGUUGAAAGUCUUAAAUCAGAGUUGCUACAAGGAGAGGGGGAUGAGUUACGGGAGCGUAUGGUGGAUUUUGUAUACAACCGCUUGAAAACCUCGUGUAAAGAGGCAUUUCUUGACAUUGUGUUCUUCUUUUGUAAUUGGGAGCGGGAUCAAGUGACCUAUAGUGUUGGAGAGAUAGAGUUUGAAGAGCUUGAAAGGGCUGCACUUGUGAACGUGACAAAUGAAGGCAAGGUGAAUGUACAUGAUAUAGUGAAAGCGCGAGGGAGAAUGUUGUCAGCAGAUGGGGAGAGAAUCACCGACCUACAAUCUCUCAAUGAUGUUCUCCAAAAUGUAGAGAGGAUAAAGAAAACAAAGGGGAUUGUUCUUUCUCCAUGGAAAUCAUUUGAGCUGGAAGCAAACCAUCUCAGCUUGAUGAAAAGAUGUUUAAGAGUUUUAAUAUUGGCAGAAAGGACAAGAAUAGUAAAUGGAGAAUGCAAAGGAGCCUUUGAAAAUCUAAGGUUACUCAGCCUCAACAACCAUAAUAAUUACUCACAGAUGGAUGUCAGUAAACAUCCGAGAUUAGCAGUUUUUCUUUUGGACUACAAAUUAUACUACCCUACCUUUCCUGAGUUUGCGGGAACCAUCCCAUCUUCAUUGAGAUAUAUGUAUAUAAAACAUGCUACAUUGGUUAAUAUUACCACCAUCAUUUCCCAAAGUCAAUCUUUGCGUUCUCUAACAUUGUCGUAUUGUACAGGGUUUGAUAGCCUUCCUAAAACCUUUGGGAACCUAACUACUUUGGAAAAGUUAAGUUUAGAGUCAUGUAAUAGUUUGGUGAACCUUCCAAAUAGUUUUGGAAAUUUAUCUUGUUUAAAGAAAUUGAGCAUAAAAUAUUGUUCCAGCUUAAUGAGCCUUCCAAAAAGUGUGGGUAAAUUAUCUUCUUUGAAUAAGUUAGAUUUACAGUCUUGUUCCAGUCUGUUGAGCCUUCUAGACAGUGUGGGCAAUUUAUCUUCUUUAAAUAUACUGAGCUUAAGAUAUUGUUCUAGAUUGGUGAGCCUUUCAGACAGUGUGGGUAAUUUAUCUUCUUUAAAAAAGUUGGAUUUAUAUGGAUGUUCCAGCUUGGCGAGCCUUCCAGACAGUUUCGGUAAUUUAACUUCUUUCAGUGAGUUGGAUUUAUAUGAUUGUUCCAGCUUGGUGAGUCUUCCAAAUAGUGUGGGCAAUUUAUCUUCUUUAGAAAUACUGAGCUUAAGAUAUUGUUCUAGAUUGAUGAGCCUUUCAGACAGUGUGGGUAAUUUAUCUUCUUUAAAAAAGUUGGAUUUAUAUAAUUGUUCCAGCUUGACGAGUCUUCCAGACAGUUUCGGUAGUUUAACUUCUUUCUGUGAGUUGGAUUUAUCUUAUUGUUCCAGCUUGGUGAGCCUUCCAAAUAGUGUGGGCAAUUUAUCUUCUUUAGAAAUAUUGAGCUUAAGAUAUUCUUCUAAAUUGGUGAGCCUUCCAGACAGUGUGGGUAAUUUAUCUUCUUUUAAAAAGUUGGAUUUAUAUAAGUGUUCCAGCUCGGCGAGUCUUCCCGACAGUUUCGGUAAUUUAACUUCUUUCAGUGAGUUGGAUUUAUAUGAUUGUUCCAGCUUGGUGAGCCUUCCAAAUAGUGCAGGCAAUUUAUCUUCUUUAGAAAUACUGAGCUUAAGAUAUUGUUCUAGAUUGGUGAGCCUUUCAGACAGUGUGGGUAAUUUAUCUUCUUUAAAAAAGUUGGAUUUAUAUGAAUGUUCCAGCUUGGUGAGCCUUCCAAACAGUAUGGAUAAUUUAUUUUCUUUGAAUGAGUUGGAUUUAUAUGAUUGUUCCAGCUUGGUAAGCCUUCCAGACACUUUUGGCAAUUUAUAUGGUUUGGUAAAGCUAUAUUUAACAGGAUAUAGACAACUAUCUAUGUUGCCAGAAAGUUUCGGAAACCUCGCUUCUUUAGAGAAGUUGAUAUUCCGAAAUUGCAAGAAGCUCCAGAAUCUACCUCAAAAUUUUGGUCAGCUGAAGUGCUUAAAAUAUGUGAGCAUACAUGAAUGCAUUGCAUUACAGAGCCUCUCUGGUGAUUUUGAAAGUUUGAGCUCACUAAUUGCUGUGAAGGCUUCAGAAUGUCCUCAACUGGAGGAAACUGCAAUGGACAAGUUAGCCAAGAUGAAGGGAUUGAUGAUGGUGGAUAUAGAUGGAAGCCCUAUGUUGGAAAAGCGGUGGGAACAAGUGAAGGAGCAAUACUCUUUAGCAGUAGUGGAGUGCGGAAGAAAGGAAUUCACGGAUGAAAUCUACCCAUGUGUGGAUGUCAUGUAUAGAGCAUUUUUCCACAGUGAAUCAAAAUUCGUGUAUGUUGAUGAGAAUGGGCAACUCGUGGAAUCGCCCAGUCCGGCAGGUGGGAUAAUGCUGUGGUUCUUGUUAAAGGAGUGCGAUGUGAGAUCAUCAUCAUCAUCACCAAACAGCAGUUGUUGGGAAGCAGUGAAGAAGGAAUGGAUGGAGUUGGCGGCUUCGAAGGGGGGACAAAUGAUUUAUGUGGAUAUGGGAAGGUCAUGGGAGGAAAGAGAAAAGCGUGUUCAGCAAGCUCUCCUCCAUUUACCCAGAGGCACUCUUGCCUGGAUUGCUCCUGACAAUAGGGCAAGGCUAUCCUUUGCCUAUUCCGUGCAGUCUUAUUACGAAGAUGCUUUCUCUGGCACUCAAUCGGAGUAUGAGGAAUAUGUGAAGUAUAUGGAUCCUUAUCCGCCCAACUCAAUUCGCCUAGGGACGAGGGGGUGGUAUGGGGAGCCCGACUUAGGGAUUGAGAAUUGUAUUGUGAGCACAUUCACGUUUGUGCACAGAGAGGGAAGGAGGCGGUUUGAUGCCCCCAGAUUCAUUCUCCCCGACUUACACCCUUUGCAGGAACUGAGCCUAAAAGCUUUUCUGACCAAAUAUUCUCCCCUAUUGCAGAAGCAAUAAAAUUUCUGCAACCUUAAUAUAGGUACCGGGCUUUCUGCCAGGCGUACCAAAAUCGGAAACAACACACUUCAUUUUGAAGCAAUAUUAUUCAUCUCCCUUCUUUACAAAGCCUUGGAUUUUGUAUGAGAAGACAGCUUCCAACAAAUAAUCUCCUCUCUACGAAUUUUCAUCUUGAAAAGCCCUCAGCUUUUCCGGAUCCUAUUGAGCAUUUCUAAGUUGCAUUAUUUUAUUUUAUUAAAUCCAUAGAUUUGUAAAGAAACUAAAUGAUUUUUUUAAUAAAUCUAAGUUUAAAUGAA